AUGGCUCAGAGGACAGUAUUUGGUUGGGUCCUGACAGGACCCAUCGAUAUUUCGCCUAAAAAUUCUAUCAGCGUUUUUACCACUUUUAUCAGCUAUGCGGAGGAAGAAAACUUAAAUGAAAAUCUUUUGAAGUUCUGGGAGCUAGAAGAGCCACCCAAGCGAAAGAACUUGUCGCCUUCCGAUAGGAGAUGUGAGGAAAUAUAUAGGAAUACCACUAAACGGAAUUCGAAAGGAAGAUAUAUAGUUUCACUACCCUUUAAACCCGAAUUUCCUCAGGAAAUUAAUUUAGGAAUUUCGAAAACAGGUGUUCUGAAGCAGUUUGUCAAAAUUGAAACGUCUCUUAUGCGUAAACCAGAUGUGAGGAGAAUGUACGAUGAGGUGCUGAAGGAGUAUCUGGAACUGGAUCAUAUGAGGACAAUAAAAGCUGGAGAUCUGGCCGUUAAACACUCGUGCUAUUUACCUCAUCUUCCAGUAUUGAAACCUGAGAGUAAAACUACUAAGCUUAGGGUUGUGUUUAAUGCUUCAAAUAGGACAGCCAUUGAGAUGGCGAUUAUUUAA